AUGUCCAAAACGACAACUUCCGAAAACGAAACUCUAGUGAUGUCGACACUGAAAGCUAUCGCUCUGUUGCCAGUAAUUAAAUCGCCGGUGCAAUGUCGUUUAUUGACGAUAAUAGUGGAAGUAAUGUGUAAAGAUGAACGACAGAUUACAAUUAAAGCUGUUAUGGAAAGUUUGACGCUAUGUACGCAAACUUAUGAAAAUGCGGAAGAAACGAGUGUUCGCUUGGCAUGCCGUGCUGCUGUCACGCAGAUAUUUAGCUCAUUUUGCGGAUCACAAUCGCAGCAACAAAUAGCCAUUUUUAUGGAUGCCACCGCGUUGCUCAAUGAAGUAAUCAAACGGGCAAACGCUGCUAAUUCUCGAUCGGAUGAAGUGGUGAUCCUUCUUGAUGCCAUCUAUAGUAUUCUCAGUUCACAGCCCAUCAUCGUCACAGAGCAUCAACCGUUUCUCAGUGUUAUUUGGCGAGAAUUGAGUCCGUGCUUAAUGAAACUACUUGGGGAACCGGAAAAAAAUACUCGUGAUUCUGGCGAUGGGAAUGAACCAGUUGGACGUGGACAGCGGUCAGCAGCAACUCGAAGCAAAGUGGUCUUCGACCACCCAGAGCUUUCUCUUGCACUGUAUCAGUGA